GGUCGGUAAAAUUACUCAGUGUAGCGGUAUCACCCCGACGCAUCGGAAGCACGCGCCUUUUACCUGUACCAGGCGUGCAGAUAUCGGGAAAGGAGGGAUCCUCGCACUUUCAUCAUGUCCCAAACUCACGAGAGCAUUUGAAUCCUGUCUAACUCCAAAUGCUGCUAUAGUAUCGGGUCAGUGAAGUAAAAAUAGAGAAGAUAAUAGAUAAGGGUGCUCUGUCAUAAACUUUUGGACAUCUCCACAAACAGUGACGCGCUCCACUAAAGGCAUUCAGUACACAGCUCAAGGUGGACCGUAUUUACAAACUUUUGAGAAUCUACGAGAAGCACUAGGAAAGAUCAUUCUGUGGUUUUCCGUGUCUGUUCAGAGAGGAAACCGAGUGGACGAAAGGACUUAAAUCCUCACGCAAAGAUGAUGUCCUACAUCAAGCAGCCUCAUUACGCCAUGAACGGGUUAAAUCUUCCUGGUCCCGGGAUGGAUCUUCUACACACUACAGUGGCAUACCCCUUUUCUGUAUCUCUGGAUUUCUCAGCCACCCCGCGGAAGCAGCGGCGCGAGCGCACCACCUUCACGCGCACGCAGCUGGACAUCCUGGAGGCUCUGUUCUCCAAGACGCGCUAUCCAGACAUCUUCAUGAGAGAGGAGGUGGCCCUCAAGAUCAACCUGCCCGAAUCACGAGUCCAGGUCUGGUUCAAAAACCGCCGCGCCAAAUGCCGCCAGCAGCAGCAACAGAGCAGCGGCCAGUCCAAGCCCCGCCCUCCCAAGAAGAAGACGUCACCGGCCCAGGAUCCCAACCCCCCCGACCCCGUCGGCAACCCUUCCGGGUCCUACAGCCCCUCCCCCAUCCCCCAAGGCCCUUCCCUGGCCCCCAGCUCUAACCAGGGCAACGCAGCCGUAUCCAUCUGGAGUCCUGCCAUAUCACCCCUCCCCGACCCUCUGGCCUCCUCUGCUGCUCCCUGCAUGCAGCGCCCCUCCGCUUACCCCAUGAGCUACGGCCAGCCCUCCGCCUACACCCAGGGCUACACGGGCACCUCCUCCUACUUCACCGGCCUGGACUGCAGUGCCUACUUGUCUCCCAUGCACUCGCAGCUUUCCGCCACCGGGGGAGCCCUCAGCCCCAUCACCGUCCCCUCCAUGGGGGGCUCUCUGAGCCAGUCCCCGGCUUCGCUCUCCUCCCAGGGCUACGGCACAGCCUCCUCUCUAGGGUUCAGCUCCGUGGACUGCCUGGACUACAAAGACCAGCAGGCCUGGAAGCUGGGCUUCACCACUAUGGAUUGUCUGGACCACAAAGACCAGAAUUCCUGGAAGUUCCAGGUCCUGUAGCGAUGAGGAAGAGGAUGAGGAGGAGGUGACAAAGUGGAGUGUGACAAGCUAACCUGUCUCAACGAGCCCCUCGCCAGAAACGGCUAACCCUGGCAGAGGUUCCUUUUUGUUUUGUUGUCUUUUAUUCUAAGUUUCUUGUUUGUUUGCUUGUUUUUUUUUUGUGUGUGUGUGUGGGUUUUUUUUUCUUCCUCAAAGCAACCCCUGUAGAAUGUGUCUUUCUUUCAGGGGAGGGGAGAAAGGUGGAAAGGGGAGCUGCUCAUGUCUCUCGUCUCUAAAUGCAGGACAUCAAAUAUUCCUACUCUCUCUCCCUCGAGCAGUUCAACAGGGACAGAAGGCCAGUCCUCCAGAAUGGACAGAAACUCAGAAACCGAUCUUGCUGCGCUCGGUUCCAAACCUGUGGAACCGUAUCAAGAGAACCCGACGGUUCCUCUUUGGGUUAACAGGUUAUAACCACCAACCUCUCUAUCGUCGCUCAGCAAAUGCUCUUUAUUUACGUAGAUUUUAAUGUUGAUGGCUUGAAUGUCGCUUGUAAGAAACUCAGUUGUAGGAGGUGGGAGGCCGAAGGCUCGGCUUACAAGGAGCUUUGACCUUUUCUCAUCGUCACGUCUCUCUCUGAAGGGACCAUCAGUAUUGGUUAAUUUGAGUUUUUAGUCAUAUGUUAUCUUUGCUUCAGUUUAGAUCGUCAUUUGGAUAUUUUGACAUUUGUUUCGGAAGCUUAUUUAUUAUUAAGGUGUUAGGCUAGCGCCAUGGCUAUUCUAUAUGAAACAACUUAUCUUUCUCAAUGUUUUGUUUUGUGACAUUAAAGCUAACUUGAAUACAAAUUUG